UAAACAAAGACACUGAGAGUAGCGACGAGCUUCAUCGGCGGCGAUUUUUGAUCGGCCGUUACGAACUCCGAUUUCUCACUGAUCAUAAAAUCAGUUUUCAGAUUGGAUAAAAUGAAUUCGGAGAUGGAAGACGAUCCUCUCAUGGUUCAGAUUCUACCCGACCACCAAACAUCGCCGUCGCCGACUUACACUCUCACUAAGCCAAAACCCACGAAAUCGAUUUUCCUGGUGACCCUCGCUGCCUUCGUCUCCGUCGCUAUGACGUUGGGGUUAUUCUUCGUUUUCUGUUCAAUUCCUUUCUCCGUACUGAAUUGGACAUGUCCGUUCCGGUACAGCGUCGUUAUCGACGCCGGGAGUUCUGGGACACGAGCUCAUGUGUUCCGGUACCGGACCGAAUCCGGUAAACCGGUUUACGAUUUCGGUCCCGAGAAUUACGCUAGCUUGAAGCUGAGUCCCGGUUUGUCUUCGUACGCUGAUAAACCGGACGGAGCAAGCGUAUCAGUGGCUAAGCUUGUGGAAUUCGCCAAAGGGAGAGUUCCCAGUGGAAUGUUGAAGAAGAGUGACGUCAGGUUGAUGGCGACUGCUGGGAUGAGGUUGCUUGACGUAAGUGUUCAGGAAAAGAUUCUUCAAGUCACCAGAGGAGUUCUUAGAUCUUCUGGUUUUAACUUUCGAGACGAGUGGGCUUCGGUUAUCUCCGGAUCUGAUGAAGGUGUAUAUGCUUGGGUUGUUGCAAAUUACGCGCGUGGUUCGCUUGGAGGCGAUCCUUUGCAAACAACGGGGACCGUUGAACUCGGUGGGGCUUCUGCGCAGGUGACGUUUGUGUCAAGUGAGACCCUGCCUCCUGGUUUCUCCCGUAAGAUAACCUAUGGAGGUGUUGCUUACAAUCUCUACACUCACAGCUUCCUCCACUAUGGGCAGGAUGAAGCAGAAGAAGAUCUGUUGGAAUCACUCCGCAAAUCAGGGGAAGGAAUAGUCGCUGACCCGUGCACUCCUAAAGGCUACAGUUACAACUUCGACAAAAAUUCAAGCAGAUUAUCAGCAUCAGUUCAAGCUGCUGGUGAUUUUUCAAAAUGCCGAUCCCUUACAACCGCAAUGUUGCAGAAAGGAACCGAGAGUUGUGCUUAUAAUCAUUGUUCUAUUGGAUCAACAUUCACACCUCAUCUUCAGGGAAGGUUUUUGGCUACAGAAAAUUUCUACUACACCGCCAAAUUGUUUAAAUUGGAAGAAAAGGGUUGGCUCUCUAAACUGGUUUCAGCCGGAAAGAGUUUCUGUGGAGAGGAAUGGUCGAAACUGAAAGAGAAGUACCCAACAACUAAAGAAAAAUAUUUGCAUGGAUAUUGCUUCUCAUCAGCAUAUACUAUCUCAAUGCUUCACGAUAGUCUUGGUUUCGCUCUUGAUGAUGAAAGAAUCGAGUAUGCGGAUAAAGCUGGAGAAAAAGGCAUACCACUAAAUUGGGCAUUGGGAGCUUUUAUACUAAAUACUGCCACAGCUACUUCUGAUCACAUUGCCAAAUCUAGAAAAAUGCUUGUCUGAAGUAACGUAGCCGAAUGAUAUUGAUUUACUAUAAGUUAUCAUAUUUCCAAAAUGAUGUCAUGUAUUUGUAGUUUACGUUGAAUUUUUGAUAUCGUUUCCGUUUGUGAAAUAAAUUAGCUACUCGUAUUAUUUUUUGCGUAAACAAUUAUUUAAAUAUUAGAUGCUGUAAUUUAUCUUUCAUACAGCAAAAUAACACUAUUUA